CUAUCAAUUGCCUUAGUCAUAUGCAGCCGCGAAUCUUCAAGGUCGCGUUGAACCGAAUGUGAUAGGGGCAUUUGUUUUAGCUUGGGGCUCAUGCAGCUUUAGCUUCUGUGAUAAAGAUGGAGGUGUUCCCUGCAUGUUCGGAUGUCCCCCUGCUCUGCUCUGUUCUGUCUUUGCCAGUUUGGUUGUAAAAUAUGCCUCAGAUCGAAGAUAGGCCGUCGUUCCUUAUUGAGUCAUGGACGCUUUAUGUCUUCGGCACGCUUAUUCUCUUCUCGCGCUUUGCAGUUCGUUUCAAGACUGUUGGAUGGAGGGGUUUACAAGGCGAUGAUUUCUUUUCUGUUCUUGUUCUCAUAUUCUACGCUGUAGAUGCGUUUACAGUACAUCUCAUCUAUUACCUCGGCACCAACAUCGAAGCUGGAGUCGCUGCAAAGUUACACACUUUAACGAAAGAUGAAAUCAAUGAAUACGAAACAGGUUCUAAACUCGAACUUUCAGCUUGGUAUGCUUACACAGCCCUCAUUUGGUCUCUGAAGGGAACGAUGUUAUGCUUCUUUUCUCGAAUGACGAUCGGGACGUGGCAUAAUAUGUUUGUAAAGACUGUUUCGGUGCUGUGUGCCUUGUCUUACCUUGCUGUCUUCCUUACGAUUACGUUUGGAUGUUUUCCUACUCAGAAGAACUGGCAGGUUGUGCCUGAUCCUGGAGAGAAAUGCUCCUUCAAAAUGCAGAACUUCCUCGUAACAACAGUUCUAAACGUCCUUACCGACGCUCUCAUCCUCGGAAUUCCAAUGCCUCUCCUCUGGAAACUCCAAGUCACCUUCCGCAAAAAACUCAUCAUCGGCAUCCUCCUCUCCUCAGGAGCAUUCGUAAUCGCAGCAGCUAUAACCCGCGUCGUCCUCACACUAUCCGCAAAUCCCUCUGCACCAACGAUCAACGCAUGGGGCGUUCGAGAGACCAUCGUUGGAAUCCUCACCGUCAACAUUCCCAUUCUAAGACGGAUCUUCUCAAAGUCCUUUUGGAAUGGAAAUGCUCCGAGUGAGAUUGCUUCGUCGACGCUUACGCAGGAUAUUUCGGGGCCGUAUGAGAUUACGCCGAGUAUUAAUGAGGGAUCGAAACCGAGUGUUAGGGGGAGCCAAGACUCGAUCGUUUCGAAGACUGUAAGAAUGGCUGAUAUUGUUGUGUCAAAGUCGUAUCAGGUCAGUCAUGAUGUGAACACUUAUGAUGGGAGGUCAUGGUACGGAGACCGAAACGGAGCUUCGAAAGCCUCUGUGCAUGCAGAAUCACCCGUUUAG